CUUUGAGCACGCGCAGUCGUAAAAAGUUACUGUUGCUACCCGCACCAGGAAGGGAAGGGGGAUUUAAAAACCUGGCUGAGAAAAAAUGAGAAAGGAUGCGGUUGGCUAAUAAUGGGGCCCCGACAUAGUUAGCCAACUGAUAAUAAUCAUGGGAGGAUGUGUUGGGAGAGAACGUGAGGACACACAGGGCCACGGUUCAUCCAGGAGCGGUGGAAGGGCACACCGAAAACGUGGAGGUCGCAAUGAGCCCCUAAAGAAGGACAAGCCCAAGUGGAAGAGUGACUACCCCAUGACCGAGGGCCAGCUCCGCAGUAAGAGGGAUGAGUUCUGGGACACGGCCCCAGCCUUUGAGGGCCGCAAGGAGAUCUGGGACGCUCUGAAGGCGGCCACCGUUGCCCUGGAAUGCAACGACCACGAGCUGGCCCAGGCCAUAGUGGACGGAGCCAGCAUCACACUGCCCCAUGGCUCCCUGACGGAGUGUUAUGAUGAGCUGGGUAGCCGCUACCAGCUGCCCGUCUACUGCCUGGCCCCUCCGGUCAACCUGAUCUCCGAGCGCAGCGACGAGGACCCCAGCGACAGCCCCGAGCCCACCGCCGCCCCCAAGAAGGAGUUCCAGCUCAAGGUGCGCCUCUCCACGGGCAAGGACCUGCGCCUCAGCGCCAGCAUGGCCGACUCCAUCGGGCAGCUGAAGAAGCAGCUUCAAGCCCAGGAGGACAUCGACACGGCCCACCAGCGCUGGUUCUUCUCGGGCAAGCUGCUCACGGACAAGACCCGCCUGCAGGACACUAAGAUCCAGAAGGACUUUGUCAUCCAGGUCAUAGUCAACCCGCAGGCCCCCAUUAACUAGGUCCCAGAUGAGAGGAGGAACGAUGGAGGAACCCUGGAGAAUAGUUUUACCGCUGAUCUGUAAAACGGAGAGGUGAUUUGGGGAAUUAUAGCUAAGAGAUGAACAACAGAAGGGAGAGACUCUGAAGUGCUGCUUUUCAAUGUUUUCAUUGUUUACCAUUAAAGAGUGUGGCUCUUU